GGAGUGCUGCAAUUCAUGGGGUCGCAAAGAGUGGGACACGACUGAGCGACUGAACUGAACUGAAGCGUGUGUCAAGCAAUGUAAACUUCUAUAGCAAAAACUGAGCCACACCUUAAGGAUCUGUGAGAGACCUAGAAGUUUGCUUGAGAUGGAAGAUUCCAAUUUUCUACCGUCUCCUUCAACUAUAUAUUGGUAUUGAUACAAUCCCACUGCUACCCUUGCACUACAUCCAACACUUGUUUUGAGAAAGUAGGUAAGAAGGAGAAAGAAAUUUUCCUCUGAGUCCCCUCUUUUGGGCCAGUACUUCCUAGGGUCAAAUGUCAAGCUAGAUGUCUCCUUGGUGCUUGGAGAGCACCCACCACUCUCAAGGCAGGGAGUCGGGAUGGGAACUGGUCAGACCUACUAAACACCUGCACCUUGUCAGCCCAGUUAAUCAAGGUCAAGCUACCCUUUAUGUUGUCUCUUUCAACCCGGGGGAAUUAACAGUCACGAUUAAGCCUUCUAGCCUUGUCACUGUCGACCACAAGGAGCGGCCCCCAAAGUCCACUGUACAAACGCAGAGUAACUAUCAAGAACUCCCCAAGGGGGCGGUGGAGCGCCGCAAAAGAGCUUCAGGCCUGCAAAGUCGCGCGGUCUCGCGGAGUGAUAAACUACUACGCCAGCCGUAAAGGAUCCCUUGCAAGAAAUCGGAAACAUCUCAAUACAUCCGGGACAGCCGGUGUCUCCGAGCUCAAGCGUCUAAGGCCACGCUUCCCACAUUUGGUGAGGUUAAUUAUGUGUCCCCGCUUCCCGCCGCAGCUUGGGUGGGCUGUGGACAUCUCCGGCUAAGCCGAAAACGAAUCCUCAUGUUGAAGACGGAAACCAAUAAGGCACUUUUCACUUCCCACCCCAUUGCCCCAAGUGUCUCCUUUUGGGAAGCACGACUUUCGAGGUUAACAACGAGAUACCCACCCUCGCGGCUAACGAACACUCAAGUAGCGUUCCAGUCGGAGGGGAUGGAACCAGUAUCCCGGCGUCCUCUCGGCUUCCGUAACAGUGUAGCCGGGCGGUGAUGUAACCGCUCUGGCCUGCGGCCGGCAUCUCUAUGGUACCGACAGGAGGGUGGAGGGGGUAUACGGGGGCGGGGCCGCCGUUCGCGUCGCAGGCUUGCUUCAGCAGGCGGAGCAGAUGGUGGUUGCUUUUGGUCCUCAGCGACGAACAGACUGUAUGGACGCCGCGAAACUGCGUCCUGAGAUCACUUUAAAUUUGGAUCAUCAUCUAAAUACUUUAAGUGAUCUUUUCUUGUUUCAUUUUGGUCAUGACACUUCAUUAGCUACCUGAUCAUUUUUGUAUCUGAACUCAAGUAAAGUAUAUGGAUGACUGGGAAUGUAAACAAGAACAAGCUGUUUGUUUUGUGAUGGCUUUUAGCAUGUACUGACAUACUGUUUGCAAUGGCAUCAGAGACUGAGAAGACUCAUGCUCUACUCCAGUCGUGCAGCACUGAAUCUCUUCUUUCCAGCCUUGGUCUGGGCUUAUUCUGCACAGUAGCUGACAGACUUCUUCAGUUUCCCAUAAUUCAACAAAAUGCCUGGCUUCGUGCACUUUCAGAUAAUUCAGUACACUGCGUGAUUGGCAUGUGGUCAUGGGCAAUAGUCAUUGGAAUCAGGAAGAAGACUGACUUUGGAGAAAUCAUUUUAGCUGGAUUUUUAGCCUCUUUUAUUGAUAUAGACCACUUUUUGCUAUCUGGAUCCAUGUCUUUAAAGGCUGCUCUGAGUCUUCCACGACGCCCUUUCCUUCACUGUUCUACCGUGAUACCCACUGUGGUUCUGACCCUAAAGUUUACAAUGCACUUCUUCAAGCUCAAAGACUCAUGGUGCUUUCUUCCCUGGAUGUUAUUUAUAUCCUGGACCUCACACCACAUCCGAGAUGGAAUUCGCCAUGGCUUGUGGAUAUGCCCAUUUGGAAAAACUUCUCCUUUGCCAUUUUGGCUUUAUGUGAUAAUCACAUCAUCUCUACCUCACAUCUGUUCAUUCGUUAUGUAUUUCACAGGGACCAGACAAAUGAUGUCUUCAAAACAUGGAAUUCAUAUUGAUGUGUGAGAUAACCACGUGGCAGUCUUUGAGAACCACUGGUUGAGACAAUGACAACCAACAUUAAAGUGAAUUUAAAACACAUGUUAGGUAUUUAUAGUAAUUAUAAUAAUUCCUAAAUCCUCUUGCUCAGGAGGCAUGUACAUUUCUUAAAAAAUUAUCUGUAUUUGUUGUAUCCCUUUCUUCUAUAACACUGUAGUGCAGUAUCAGAGUUUCACUCACUCUGUGGUAUAUUUUAUCAUUUCUUUUCUUUAUCUGGCUUUACUAAUAUUAUUAGAUUAACAUCCAACUAAGUUUUCUGGAAAUAUGCCUUUAAGGUAAUUCAUUUCCUGAUGAAAAACAGCUCAAAUUUUAGGAUGAUUAAUUUGUGAAAUGUUAGCAUUUUAUUUGGCUCCAAGUUUUUCUGAGAUAUUGAAACAAGAAAAUGGGCAAAGUAAGUGAGAUUAUGAAUAAGAUGUAUAAUGAAUGCUAACGUUUCCUCAUUUUAUAUAUUUUGAUCCUGACUCAUUUGCCAAGUGCUUUAGUGAGUUGUGACUACUGCCAGAAACUGCUUUAGUGCACUUAUAAUAUUCUUAAAAGACAAUAGCGUUAGACCUAGAUUAUUGUUUCAGAAAUAACUUUGGGGAAUUAUUAUAAUUUGUUGGCUGUAGUAAGAUUCUACCGAAGUAUUAUUUUUUAGUAUCUUUGCUGUCAAAUCUCAUGUGUUGGAGUUUUAACUGUUUUGGAAAACAUAACUAAAUUUAACAAAAUAUUUGUUUAAAGUUAACAUUACAAAAUAUUGAUACUUGACCCAUCACCAUCGAAUUCACAAAAAAGGACCUAACCAAUAAUGUCAUUUCAAAUGUAAGCUCCUGAAUGUGCCAUUAAAAUUGCUUUAGUUGCUAUCAAUUUGUUUAUAUGCUAUUCUAAAAUACUAUACCAGCUAAGUCAUUUCUUAAAAAUUUGCCUAAUACUGACAGACAAUUUUUUUUUUUUUUCCAAAAAAGGUAGUAUUAAGAGAUUGGCUUUUUCCUCUGUUCUUUAAGUUGAUCUUCUGUUAAAAAUAAUUAACCUUCAUUGGAGAAGGAAAAUUGAGUUGCUGUAAGCUUUACAUUUGCAGUUUAAUGUUACUUUGAUAUAACAGGUACCCCCAAAGCACCUGUUUUUGUUUUUGUAGCAUUUGUACCAGCUGCUGUCUUCAGAUUUUCUUACACGUUUGUUUGUAAUGCUGGUGAUUUUGUGCCUUAAUCUCUAAGAAGUGAUGAAGUGAUGAAGUGAUUAAGCAAUGCCUUAUCCAAAGCAGAUUUUUCUUAUUAAGUUAAACAGAGUUCUAUAAAUUGUUAUAAAGGGUCAGGCUCUUUAGUUUUUCUUCUUCUUGUUAACUAAUUGGUUGCAAUCUGUUAUAUUUUAUAAAAUAAUUCACCCUUACAAUCCAUUCUUGUCUUUCCAGAGCAAUUACUGUGUCAAUUUGGUUGGUUUAAUAGUAUACAUUAUAUAGUGGGGGUAAAUUGAUUAAGGUAGAGAUUUUCUUAAAGCAUUUGAUUUCAGAAAUCCAUGGAAAUAAAGUUAUCUUGUGUAAUUUUUCUGACUGAAUUACA